UCGGCAUAACUUACGUUCACUACAUGGGGGGAAAAAUGGCAGCUGACGAAUAGAGAAAAGUGGAUCUUCAGUCGAAAAACAGUCGACACUCGACAAACCCACACAGGUUUCACGCCCGCACUUUGAUUUUCACACGAGUGUCACGACUGGUCGUCUGUCAUCAUGGGAAAAACUCCAAUAAAAGAUCAGAAAGACAGCAGAAAAGACAAAGCAGGAAGACCAGUUCCACCAACAGGAAGUACACCUGCUGCAAGUAAAGAUGCUUUCUGCUGGGAAGAAUAUCUAAAAGAAACUUCAGCUUUACCUGCUCCACCGAGCUGCUUCCGACAGGCCAGAAUCCCGCCCUCCAACGACUUCAAAGUGGGGAUGAAGCUGGAAGCUCACGACCCGCGCAAUUCCACGUCAGUGUGCAUCGCCACGGUGAUGGGUUUAACCGGGGUUCGUCUGCGCCUCCGUCUGGACGGAAGCGACAACAGCAACGACUUCUGGAGGCUGGUGGACUCGUCCGACAUUCAGCCCAUCGGCACCUGCGAGAAGAACGGAGACAUGCUGCAGCCGCCGCUGGGUUUUCGGAUGAACGCGUCGUCGUGGCCCAUGUUUCUGCUGAGAACCUUAAACGGAGCAGAGAUGGCUCCAGCUACAGCCUUUAAAAAGGAACCUCUGAGGCCGCCGCAGAACAGCUUCAAGCCCGGCAUGAAGCUGGAGGCCGUGGACAAGAAGAACCCUCACCUCAUCUGCCCCGCCACCAUCGGAGAAGUGCGAGGCGACGAGGUCUUCGUCAUGUUCGACGGGUGGCGCGGGGCCUUCGAUUACUGGUGCAAGUUGGAUUCCCGGGACAUCUUCCCCGUGGGCUGGUGCUCCCUCACCAAACACAGCCUCCAGCCUCCGGGCAACAGUGUCACUCUUCCAAAGAACAUGCAGACUCUCCCGGCCUCUCCGUCCAAACCCAGCAGACGCUCCAUGCACUCGCCGUACAGACUCCCCAACCCUCUGCCCGCGCUGCCCGUCAGGAAGGGCGUACGGGGCCGUCGGCCCAAGAGCGAGACGCUCGCGCUGCUCAAAGCUGUGGCCGAAGCGGCGGCGGCGCAAAACGGAGGCGUGACUGAGGACACGCAGCUCGUGCCGAGGCCUCACAAGAAGAGAGGACCCAAACCUGGAAGCAAAAGAAAAUCCAAGAUCCUCCAGUGUCCGACGGCUCUGCCCAGCAUCCAGGUCCCACACGAGAGUUCUUCCAGUCUCAGCUCAGUGGUUUCCACAGUGUGUGUGUAUGUGAACAAGCUCGGAAACUGUGGUCCUCACCUGGACAGGAAGCAGAUGCAGCGUCUCCCUGACCACUUUGGUCCUGGACCAGUGAACAGUGUCCUCCAGCAGGUGGUGCAGUCCUUCAUAGACUGUACUUACCAGCCUAAAGUCCUGCUGCUGGCUCUGCAGACUCACUCUGGAGGAGGAGAGGUUGUCAGAGUGAGGACGGACGGUGGCGUCCGCAUGGUCAAACUGCCCUCUGCCUCCAGUGCUUCCUUUGUGCUGCGCUUCUUGGAGACGAUGUGUCGCCACCUACAGUGUGACAACCUGUUCAGCAGUCAACCGUUCAGUCACUACAGCGCCUACGACAGGAGCAAGUCAGUGAAAGAGGAGGCGUUGGACGCUCCCUCUCUGGGUCGAGCCAGUAAACGCAGUCUCUCUGGAGUUUCUCCACCUCACGCUGCUCCUCUGUCUCCUAAACAUUUACGCACAGAGGCUCAUCCUUCAGAAGCAGAGACUCUGCCUCACGAGGAGAGUGGCCUCAUGAAGGAGCAGCGCUACAUGGACUCAGCCUCCAACUCCAUGACUCCUCGUCCUCAGACGGUCAGGAGUGUCUCAGAGUUCCACUCUCAGUCCAGCGUCCUCUAUCACCCGGGCAACAGCACGCCCAUGCGCCGCCUGUCCUCCAACACCACGGAGCUGAGCUCGUCGCAGCCGCUCAGACGAGUGGAAGCCAGCUCCACCACUGGUCCUGAGGUGUCUGUGUCUGAGCAGUUGUCCACUAACAACCCCUCGUCCUGGUCCAUAGAGGAGGUGAUGCAGUUUGUCAGAGACGCUGACCCCACAGCGUUAGCGCCACACGCUGAACUCUUCAGGAAACACGAGAUCGAUGGAAAAGCUCUGAUGCUGCUGCGGAGCGACAUGAUUAUGAAGUACAUGGGUCUGAAACUGGGGCCGGCGCUCAAGCUGUGUCACCACAUCGAGCGGCUCAAACAGGGCAAAGUGUGACGGGAGCGCCCAGAGCCGCCGUGAGCCAAUCAGGAGGCGGGCGCUCGGACGCCGACCCGUGGAUCAAAGCGGGCACUCGACCUGUCGUCUCUCCGGACUGAAAACACGCUCCAACCUUUCGUCCAGAGUGGAGGACGCUCGCUGCGCAGCGCUGACCUUACCUCAUCCUGUCAUCGGACGCCGCCGCCGAAAUCCCAAAGGAAGAGUAAAUCCUCGCAGUGUUUACAUCCAUCAGCACGCUCACGCACGCACGUGGAGGAGGCGUGGCUUCUCUUUUUAACUGACUGGAUUUGAUUCCCAAAGAUGGAGAUUCAUUUUUUUUUUCUUUUCGCGUAACGUUGUUUUUAUUUCUAUUGAAUAUUUCCAGUUGGAAAGUUUCCCACCGUCGCUGUUUUUGACGCCCGACCUUGUUGGCGUUUCUCUCCGGUCGGUGCAUUCCACUUAGUUUUCAUUAAACCCUCAGUAUCGUGUGAAGAAUCACCGUUUUUUUCGCCGUUUCCGUUACAAAGAUCCUCGCCAAGAUGUAUUAGCUACGCUGCACGCAAACGUACGACUUCGCUCCGGUGACGUCGCACAUUCUUCACGCAGGCGGACAUCAUACACGCCUCGUUAUCACUUGUAAGUGGGCGUGUCUGACGUCUGGUGCUGGAGGCAGGCUCUCAAAUGGGAGCAACCGUCAUGGCCGACGAUGUUGUUAAAGUUAUAAAAUGCGACAAUGAAAUAUUAUCAUUUCUUAAACAAUUAUUAGUAAAAGGAUUUGUUGUGUUAAACGUUUCCGUUACAAAGAUCCUCGCCAAGAUGUAUUAGCUACGCUGCACGCAAACGUACGACGAGGACACUCCGGUGACGUCGCUGCACAGAUGCUUUUAACACUUGAAAGUGGGCGUGUCUGGUGCUGGAGGCGGGCUCUCAAAUGUUGCCAGAGUAGCAACCGCUAUGGCCGACGUUGUCAGGCUGGAGUUGCUAAACGUUUCUUGUUUGUUUUUGCAUUUAAGCCUCCGACCACUAGUUGGCAGCAGACUUUCAGCCGUCAGCUAUUGUUUAUGCAGAUGACAUUGCCAUCUAGGGGUGGGAACCCGCCAGAGAUGCCACGAUGCGAUAUUAUCACAGUAUUUAAGUCACAAUAUGAUAUUGCACUGUAUUUAUUUGCAAUAUCAUGUACGCAAAAUAUUGCAAUAUUUCACAGAUUCAGUGCGCUGUACACUGAAGUUUUUAACGAAAACUCGAACCACAAAUGCUACAUCGCUAUCGCUUUAGCAACGUUAGCAACUCAUGCUACAAAGUCGGCCAUGACGGACACUCGUGUACCUUCUGAAGUCUGCGUCGCCUCCUGCUGGAUGACGUGUAGAGUAGCCGUUCACGUAGGUUUUUUUAAUUAAAUUUCAAACGGACAGACUUGUUAAUGGAAGUGCGAGCAGGAUGUUUGUCUAAGGGCUUCCUCUGUCACAGUUAAGCUCAGUGGUCCAACAUGCGACAUCCUUGUCGGGCCGUUCCAUUUACUGUUAGCAGUGAAAACAGAUGUGUACAGUUUUAUGGGUUUAACCAUGAAUAUCAGCGACAGAAUGUACAUUUUGUAGAAAAAAACUUAAUAUUUUAAGGACAAAUAAUCAUAUACAUGAUUUAGAAAUGUGAAGAUAAAGGGGUGGGGCUGGGGGCGGGGCAGGUUCCAUUUUGCAUUUUCUUUUUAUAUUUACUUAACUGUAGUGAUUUUAGUGGAGAAAACCUCGCAGUACUAGAGUCUGCCUUGCUUUACCGAACACAUUUCUCAGGUUAACGUCGUCUCUUGUUAGUACGAGCUUUUGUAGCACACUGUUUAUACGAAGAUUGGCCCGAACUGACGUUUUUCUUUAUUUCUUCUUCUUGUGCCAUAAUCGCGUCCAAACACAGGAUCCAAGUGCUGUCCCCUCUCGUACGUCGUCUUUAAAGUACUUGAAAAAUGUGUCGCAGAAAAGUCACUUGUCUGUUAUGUCGCACCAGAUAAACGAUACGUGUUUUA